GUGGCUAAAUGAGUGCGGGCUUCAAGAGGAGAGUGCAGGCGUGAGUAGAAGGCGGGCAAUCGGGUAAGCGGUGGCGGGACAACUUUACAAAGCUGCACUGAACUCUCACCCAACGCGGAGUGUUUGCGUGCUCCAUUGCAGAAAGGCUCUUUGGUUGGGAUUUGGCCAAGGCAGGCCGAGGGAAGCAACCGUCUGUCUGUGAGGAGAACCGUGAGGCGCUGAUUCGGUGACGCUUUUGAGCAACAGCGGAGGAACCAUGAGCAGCUACUCGGUGACCCUGCCCGGGCCGGCCCCCUGGGGUUUUCGCCUGCAAGGCGGCAAGGACUUCAACAUGCCGCUCACCAUCUCCCGGGUGAGUGCAGGCAGCAAGGCGGCCCAGAAUGGCAUCUCGGCUGGUGACUCCGUGCACCAGAUCGACGGGGUGCCCACGGAUAACCUCACACACGUGCAGGCGCAGACCAAGAUCAAGAACUGCGUGGGGUCGCUCCGCAUGACGCUGCAUAAAUGCAAGCGGCCCCUGCCUAUGCAUGGCCCUGUGAUUGAUGCUGCAACCACCAUCCCACACCAGAAGAUUUUAUCUCCACAUGGCCAAGAUUUCAUUAACCCCACGGUUAUCAAGGACUCGGCGGUGUCCACUCACAAGCCCAUCGAGGUCAGGGGCCCCGGUGGCAAGGCCAGCAUCAUCCACGCGCAGUACAACACGCCCAUCAGCAUGUACUCGCAGGAUGCCAUCAUGGAUGCCAUCGCUGGACAGGCUCACGUGCACGGCAAUGAUGUCCCCAACGGUUCCUCCGAGGCCACUGGGGGGCUGAUCGCCAAGAACCCACAGGUGGACACCACGUCGCACGUGUACCAAGCGGUGGCCAAGACCACCACGGACUCGGACCGCUCCGAGGAGGAGAUGCUGCGUCUGGGCAAGGCGCAGUCCCGCACGUUCCGCAUGCUCGCGCAGCUCACCGGAACAGAGUAUAUGCAAGAUCCUGAUGAAGAUGCUUUAAAGAGAACCAGAGAGAAGUUUGAGAGUCAGGUGAAGGGGCCACGCUUCAACAAGCUCAAGGAGUGGCACCACGGCCUGUCCGCUCGCUCUCUGCACGUCAAGAGCUGAGAGGGAAGGGUGGCCCAUCUCCCAAGUGGCGGCACAAGCAGAGGAGCGGGCAGUAGGCCGACCCCAGUUGUCAGCCGGCUUCACCUCUCCUCUCUUGCCAAUCCACUUCGAAACACACAUUAACUGCAUCCACGUGUGUUGUUGGUAAAUUUGCCUUACGGAGUGCCAACUUUCUUCUAUUCUUCUGGCUUAUAUUUUCCCCGAUUGUAUAUUGGUGUUUUUUGGUGUGCUGCAAGCACUCUUAGUUUACCUGCAGUUAUUUCUGUUCACCUGCUGCACAAGAAAUGGAGAUUUCAAUAAAGUGUCAAUGAAGCUUA